AUGGAUGAGCUUCAACACUCUCAUAGCCACUCAAGCUCGUCUAGUGAGAAGGAUGUAGAAGGGGGCGGAGAAAGGAGAAAGAAGAAGGGAAUUAAGGAGCCUAUCAAGGAUAAGAUAUCUGAAGAUGAAGGAGAAGACACUGAGCAUAAAGACACGAGCAUUCCCGUUGAGAAAUGUAAUGAAGAACCAAACGCUGAAACAGCUAAGCACAAGAAAAUUGAAGAAGGCAAUGAAACUCCAUAUGUAUAUGAGCAAUCCCCAGAAAGCGAUGCAAAGGAAAAGAAAGGGAUAAUGGACAAGAUCAAGGAGAAGAUGCCCGGGCACCAUAAUGAAAAGGAAGAUUAA